AUGAGUUUCUCAGCUCCAACAUCAUUAGAAGAUCCUGCUACAGCAUUGAGAAACAAGAAAUCAAGAAUAAUACCCCCAGAAAGAAGGAAAAAAGUUGCAAAAGCUUGUGAUUCAUGUAAGAGAAGAAAACAAAAGUGUAAUGGUGAUUUACCAUGUGGUCUUUGUACUCAAAAGAAUUUUGAUUGUACUUAUACAGGUGUCGAUAAGCGGAAUUUGAAACCUUCAAGAAAAUCAUCAGAAGUCCAUAACGAUGAUCAACAUGGUGCAAAGAAAGUACAAUAUAACAAAGUCAACAUCAAGGAAGAAGGUAGUCAAAGGCCCAACGUGAUACCACCUUCACUUCAACCUUUAUUCCACUUCCCAAUAGAUGUUGAAUCAACUGAAGAUGCAGUAGAAGAAUCAGGAGAUCAAGAGAAUAAGAAUGAAGAUAUAACUUUAGUACCAGAAGAAGAAGGAUUGAACUCAAGACUGCUUUACGAUACAACUGGUCAUUUACGUUAUAUUGGUGAAUCAUCACCAGGUCCUUUCUUAGCACAAUGUCGAAGAGUUUUUUCCAAAAUUUUAGGUGUGUCAAAAUUUACCCAUGACCCAGAAAGAUUUAGUAUUGUUGAUUCUUUGACACCAAGAGAUGUUGGUGUUUCUGUCAAAUUACCAGAGAAACAAUAUGCAGAUUAUUUAGUACAAUUGUUCAAAACUAAUGUUAGUGAAAUAAUUUAUGUUCUCAAUGAUGAUUUCUUUGAUCAAGAGAUUUACAAAAAAACUUUUGAAAAUCCCCAAAAUGCUAAACCUCAACAUUUAUGCUUACUUUAUUUAAUUUUGGCUAUUGGAUCUUUAUAUUGGGAUAUUGAAUUGAGAAGAAAUCUUUCAAAAUUCUCACGUGAACAUUUCGUUCAACCUCAACUAUACUAUCACAAAGCUUUGAAAAUAUUACAUGAACAUCAAAGUGAUUGUAAUUUAUGGUUAGUUGAAGCUCAUUUGUUAAUGUGUUUUUAUGACGAAUUAAGUAUGACCAGAAAUUCAUCAUGGAUCAAUUUAGGUAUUUCAAUACGGUAUGCUCAAGGUUUAGGUAUGCAUAGGAAAUAUGUCAACGAUGCUUAUAAAGAACCUGGAUACGCUUUACAUAGAAGAAAACUUUUUAGAAGUUUAUACAUCAUGGAUAGGGCCAGCUCAACUCAUCUUGGUAGAUCAUUGACUAUUAGUGAUUUGGAAUGGGAUGAUAAAGAUUCAUUAAUCCAUAUUGAUGAUUUACAAAAUGAGAUGCUUAAAGUGAGUAACCUUUCUGGGAAGAUUUUAUCAAAAGUUUAUUAUAACCCAUCAAUUGGUAUGAAGAAUGCAUUGAAAUUAGCAGUGGAAAUGAAGAAUUUCACAAUUAAUAGUUCUAUUGGGAAAAAUUUAGAUUUUAGAAAUGGUAAUAAUUAUGAUAAUAAUUCAGGAUUAUUAUUGGUUCAUGUUAAUCACUUAAACAGUGUUAUAUUACUUUCAAGACCUUUUUUUUUCUUUGUCAUAUUAAUCAAGUUGAAAUUCAUAAAAUUUGAUGAAAAAUCCAAAAAUUUUGCUAAAUUGAUGAAUUUUUACCAAUCCUGUAUAAAAGCAUCCACUCUAUUAAUCAAGCUUGUUGAAUAUCAUUUUAAUAACAAAUCAAAUCCAUUAAAGGCUUAUACAGUGACAUCUUCAUUAUUACAUGCUGGUGCAAUGCUAGGAUUGGUCUUAUUAUUACAAUCUCAAGAUAUUAAUGAUGAAUUUUAUGGAAACGAUCAAGAUAAGGCUCAAGCCCCAGAGAGUUCAAAAGUUGUUUGUGUGAGUUCAAUGAAAUCAGUUAUUAAGAUAUUGGCAUAUUAUGGUGAAAUUGAUCCAACACCAAAAAGAUAUUCAGAAAUUUUAGCCAAUAUGUUGGACGCUACGAAAGUUCAUCGUCACAUUACUGUUCAAGAAUCUGCAAGAAGACAACAACAACAGCAACAACAACAUCAAGAACAAUAUCAACAACAGCAACACCAGCUUCACCCACAAUUUAAACCUUUACCACAACAACCUCUCCCACAACAGGCACAAUCACAACCUAAUACCAUACCAUACCCAGGUCAAUUUCCACCACAAGGGAAUAUUCAUAGUAAUCUCUCAUAUUCUCAACCUCAAAAUUCAACUCCAACACCAUAUCAACAAAACUUUCAGGCACCUAUAAUUCAACACCAACAACAACAGCAGCAAAUUAAUCAACUACCAGUUAAUCCACAACCAACAUUACCUCAACCAAUACCUACACAACAACUUCCAGAAGCACGAUUCAGUCAACCACAACCACAACCACAACCAAGCCAAGGUGUUGAAGUUGAUAUAACUAACCUUAUGGGAUCAAAUACAAAUAAAAUGUUCAGUUCAAAUACAAAUCAAAGAUUUGAAGAUUGGUUAUUUCCAAAAUUUGAUAGUUUCCAAGAAAGUUCAGUUCGUACAUCAAGACCAACACCUCAUCAAAACCUUGGUAUUUCACCAUCUAACUCAUCAAGCUCUUCGGAUCGUUAUCAUUCAGAUGAUUUGAUAAAAGAUUUAUCAUCAUUGAAUAACAUUUCAAAUACAGGUUUAGGUAAUCAGUUCAUAGAUGAUUUUUUGUUCAAUGUUAUUGAGAAUAAUGAUGGACCAAAAUAA